UAAAUUGGACAUUUGGACAGGCCACCGUUCGGGGAGUAUUAGUGUUAAGAGUUAAGACCCGAGCCUGUGAGGUUCGGACCGCAGCCGAAAAAAGCCAAAGCGAACCCUCAGGCUCAGGCAGAUGCAAUAAUAAUUGAGUGGAAAAAGAAGAGAGAGAAAGGGAGGUAUUUUUUCUAGAGAGAGAGAACUCCGAAGUCCGAACAAUAUGGGACAGAUCGUGAAGAAGAGGAAGAAGGGGCGUCCGUCGAAGGCAGAUCUCGCCGCGCGCCGUAGCUCCGGUUCCGCCGCGGAGAAGUCGGACGGAGAGCUCCGGCGGAGCGGCCGGCGGCGGAAUGUCAGGUACUGUUUUGACAUCGACGAUUACCUCGACGAUGACGACGAGUACUUGGUGGACGAGGAGGAGGAGGACGAGAGCAGGAGGGAGAAGAAGCUCGAGCUCUUACUUAAGCUCCAAAACAUGGAAGGUAGCGGCGGCGGCGUGGCUGAGUCGACACCGAGUCCGACUCGGCACGUACGUCACGCGCCUACCGCGUCUGGAUCUUCCUCCGACUUUGCUGACGGCGGCAAGCCAUCGAAGAUUAGGAAAAUCGACGGCGACGGUGAGGUCGAUGAAGAAUACGAGGAAAAUGACGGCGGCGGCGAUGAUGGCGAUAUCGAAAAUGAUGGCGAUGAGGUACGAGGAAGAAAGCCGGAGAGGAAAACAGUUACCACUACGUCAGGGACAUUAUCAGAGCAUCCAUUGCCAGAUAAGAAGACAUUAGAAUUGAUCCUCAAUAAGCUUCAGAAGAAAGAUAUUUAUGGUGUAUAUGCUGAACCAGUUGAUCCUGAAGAGCUUCCAGAUUAUCACGAUGUGAUCGAGCAUCCAAUGGACUUCCAAACCGUGAAGAAUAAAUUGGGAAAUGGAUCGUAUGCAACCUUGGAACAAUUUGAGAGUGAUGUGCUUUUAAUCUGUUCAAACGCGAUGCAAUACAAUGCGCCAGAUACAAUAUACUAUAAACAAGCCCGUUCCAUCCAAGAGCUAGCUGAAAAGAAAUUUCAGAAGUUACGAAUCAACUUUGAACGCUUAGAAAACACCAAGUCAGAACAGAAGCCGAAGUCCAGCGCUGCUGUGAAAAAGGUUAUGAAGAAGCCGAUUGGCUGGAUGGUGCAGAAACCUGUUGGGUCGGAUUUCUUCUCCGGUGCCACUCUUGCAACUGCUGGAGAUAUCCAGAAUGGUUCGAAUAUGUUCCGUUUGGGCGACUCUGAAAGACCCAGCAGUAUUGACCGGCUUAUUGAGAGAAACUCUUCUGGAAUUGACAAUAACAUGGACAAGGAAGAAUCACAUUUAGGGAAGGCACUUUCAAGAUUUGGAAGGAAAUCAGCUGUCCCUGAUGAAAACCGUCGCGCAACCUAUAACACAACUUCUCAACCUGUUACCAAUUUAGAAUCUAUAUUUACAACAUUUGAUCGAGAAAGCAAUCAACUGGUUCCUGUGGGGCUUUACACUGAUUAUUCCUAUGCAAGGAGCCUUGCUCGAUUUGCUGCAACUCUCGGGCCUAAUGUCUGGAAAGUUGCAUCAAGGAGGAUCGAGCAAGCACUGCCUCCCGGUUUCAAAUUUGGUCGUGGAUGGGUCGGGGAAUAUGAAGAACUUCCUACUCCUGUAUUGAUGCCUGAGAACUAUACUCUGAAGGAACCGGCUUUUCUUGCCAAAUUCGUGCACAGAACUGAUGCUGAAAAGGAUAAGUUUGUGAACCCAGCUUCUUCAAAAGAGAACCCAGUCAAGGGACCGAAAACAGGACAAUUGCCUUAUUUUGGUUCAUCUGGAACAAAACCUACUGCAGAUAAUAGCCCCAAUAUCUCGAUUAAUGGGAAUGAGCUGCCUGUUAGUGAUGCGAAUAUUGGAAGCAAUGCAUUUGUGACUGGUAUUUCUGGAAACAAACCAUCUGGUUCUGCUAGUCCCAAAUACCACCAGCAAAACUCGCAACCCCAAAAUUUUAUCAAGUCUGAGAAAAAGGUUGUGAAGCAUGUUGAGUUAAAUUCUGUACCGCUAGCUAAUGAAAGGAAUGCCAACUUUUCUUCACAGAGUCAGGUGACCAAAAGCGUUGUUGCAGUACCUGGGUCAAGAUCAUUUGAGACGGUUCCAAUGAACAUAAAUAUGCUGUCUUCUGGGUCUUAUAAGCAGCUGAAUAUCAAUGGUGUUUCUGCUGGAGUACCUGAUGGUAAAAGCCCAAGUAAUGGUUUUGAUAGUAAUGGAACAGUUCGGCAGCCCUCUAAUGAUUUUGUUAAUAGCAUGAACAAAGCUGCGACAUUAUUUGCAAAUGAACAAGGGCAGGGCCUUAGUGAUCCUGUGCGACGGAUGAUGAUGUUAUCUGAAAAGAAUACAAAUCAACACAAGUCUUCACAGCAAGCCAGAGUUGAUGUGCCUCCAGUUUCCCCUGCCACUAUGUCUUUGCCAAAAGAUGGUCCGAAUAACGCUGCAUCAGCUGCUGCUCGUGCCUGGAUGUCAAUCGGGGAAGCAAGUUAUAAACAGGCUGGUGAAAAUACAAAUUCCCAAAACAAUCAGAUAUCUCCACGAUCCACCCAUAAUCCUCAGUCACAAUUUCGGGGAGAACUUCCUGCUGCAUAUGGAAUGUAUAUCCAACCUGGUAAGGGAAAUUUUCCAUUUCCAUUUCAUGCCUUUGUGCCCCAUCCUGGCAGGGUAGGAACUGAAGGUCAAUCACCAUAUGAACCCAUGGUUUUCCCACAAUCAGUUCCUGCUGACUUGUCUAGGUUCCAAGUGCAACAACAACAAUCUUCCAGGCCAAAUCUCAAUGCACCUGCUCCACCACGACAGAAACGGGAAUCAGUCCCUCCCGACCUAAACGUUAGUUUUCAGUCUUCUGGAUCUCCUGGCAGACCCUCUGGUGUUUUGGUUGAUUCUCAGCACCCAGAUCUGGCCUUGCAACUCUGAGUCUUCUUUGAUGAGUGGAGAAGGUUUGGUUGAAUUCCCUAACAGCAGUUUUAGUUUAUUCAUGUUCAAGAAGGGUUUGUUUCUCAUGCUUCUGAUUCUUUGCAAAAAGAGGCUCAUUUAAGGCUUUAGUGGUAGACUGGUAGACUUAGAAUACAUGCCUUCUAAUUGCACAGGGCAAGGCAACUGAGGUUAAUAUGUCGUUCUCAUUUAGAAAUUAGAAAUGGAACUAGCAUUUGUAAAUUAUUCACAGCAAGAUAACAGCCAUUUGCACC